CAUCAUCCAUGCAUGGCUAGCGCGCGUUGGUUCCGUCUACCUGGUAUCCAUCAGCCCAUCCACCCCAGAAACGAAAAAAAAAUACCGGGGACCGGGGUAUUGAAAAAGAAAGAGAUCUAAUGUGAGAGGACCGCGAUACGAUUAUAUAAUAAUGUAGGUAUACAUCAUGAGCCGGGAUGCGGGUGUUUUCGUUGGGUGUAUUAUACGGCGAGAUAUAGGUAGUGAAUAGGUAUAUACCUGAUUGUACAUACCUAGGAUGAAAUAGGUACGGAUGAUGACAAGGUAAUACGCCCUUACGGUGACUCUUCGUAUGACAUAUAUAUGUCGAUAUUCCGAACAGCAAACCUACGUCUUCAUUACAAUUUGAUAACUUUGCACUCGCCUACGUAGCUCGACCGUUCUCCCACUCAUCCAUCCAAACAGCAGUCUAGACCAACCUUAUUCCCAUAGCGGGACCGAACUAAGAGAGACAGACCGCCUAACCAGCCCACCAGAUUUACCUACCUACCUAAGCAGCUCAGCUCUCCUAUCUACCUACCUACCUAUGCCAGGCACCACCACCACCAACCCACCACAAGAAGAAGAAGAGCUUCCCAAGAAAAACAACAAUGAAACCAUGACAACCCUCGACACCCUCGUCGUCUUCUACAACCGGGACAAAGUCAUCGAAUCCGACGAAUCUCCCGAAACCGAAACCUUCGCCGCGCGAUGCCACUGCGGGAACGUGAAUUUCACCGUAACCCUGCCGACCUCCUACCUGCCCUUAAACGCGUACAUCUGCUCCUGCACGCUCUGCCGCUACACCCACGGCACAUUCGGGAGCUACCACGUGUCGUUACCACAAGGCGUGGCCCCGGAAUGGACGAGCAACACGCUGAACCUGUCCGUGUACAAGACCCCCGGCAGCGGGGCAGGCGGACACGGGCAGCGCAUCUUCUGCCCGACGUGCGGGGCGCAUAAUGGACACUACGAGGCGUGGGCCGGGCAAUGGAUCAUCGAGCCCUCGCUCUUCGACGCGCCGAUAUUCUGGCGUUUCCGGGGCAUUGGGUUUCCUAACUCGGCUGGUGACGGGGGCGUGCUGUCCUGGCUGCCGGAGGUGGGGGGGAGGAAGCUGACGCAGGUUAGUAUGGACCACGACUUUGCGCCGGACUACGAGGCUGAGGUUGGUGCGGAUGGCGGGGAGAGGUUGCGCGCGGAGUGUAAGUGUGGGGGAGUUUCGUUUACGAUCCCGAGGCCGGGGGAGAAGGUGAAGGGGGAUGCGUAUUUGAGGCGGUAUGUGUCGCCGACAGAUCCGGGGAAGUGGAAGGCGUUUUUGGAUUUCUGCCGCGAUUGUAGGUUGGUUUCGAGCGCGCAUGGGGUGCCGUGGGUGUUGGUCCCGAGGACGGUGCUGGAGCCGGAGGUUCCGCCGGACUUGCGCUUUGGGACCGUGAAGACGUAUAAAUCCUCCGAAGACGUUACGAGGGGGUUCUGUGGCGUGUGUGGUGCGACGGUAUUUAUAAAGUGCAAGGAUAGAAGCCCGACGGAGGAAACUGAGGUGCUUAAUAUCGCGGUUGGUAUCCUGAGAGCUCCAGAGGGUGCCAAGGCAGAGAAUUGGGUCACUUGGAGAGCUGGAAACCCGGAGUGGGUGGAAGAUGCGAUGGAUUAUGACCCGGAGUUUGUGGAGGCUGUUGUAGACGGCCACAGGGAGUGGGCGAUUGAGAAGUAUGGGGAAGCGCUGGAUUUUGAUGUUAUGUAGGAGGGGUUUCUACUUGAGAUGGUAGAUAAGUUGUAUCCAUAUCCUCCACAGGACCGCAUAGUCUUAACGUGGUAUGCAUUGGAUGAGCACAACCUAUGAGAUAGUAAAGUAUAUGGCUCAUGAAUGCUGUAUAUUAGUAAGAUGGUAUAUAUAUCCAAAUCUAGCAGUUAUAUGAAUUGAUCGAUGCGAGCUCUGUUUUGAGAAGUUACCUGUAUGUAUUAAGCAUUUAGACGAUAGAUGUUGAAGUUGAGUUGAUGAAAUUCAAG